UGUAUAAAGGGGAGUGAGAAGUGCAGGAAAGCUCUGGAGUUGUGUGUGAAUGGUUGCAGGAGUAUGAGUGUAUCAUGGCUCGGUGUGUUUGUUGGAAGUGUUCUGGAGGGUUUUUGUGUUGAAGCGGAAUAAAACCAGGUGGAUAUAAAAUGAAGACUUUACUCUCAGACGUGUUGCUGCUGCUGCUGUUUGUCCGAGUGGCCCGAGGAGCUUCCUUUUACGGCAACGGAUUUGUGCAUUUAAAGCUGGAAGAUUCGACUCCGCUCAACACGCUGCAUGUCCGCUUCCGCACGUCUAGUCAGAGGGGAGUACUGUUCCUGGCUGCAGGGCAAAGUGAUUACCUGUUGCUGGAACUCGCUUCUGGCAGACUGCAGGCAAAGUUGGAUCUUGGAUCAGGCGAGCGAAUCCUACACUCGGAGAAAGGGAACCCACUGAACGACUUGGCUUGGCACACAGUAGAUCUUAUCCAUGACCGGUUUAAUGUAAACCUAACUGUGGACAAGCAUUUCCAGGUCACCCAGAAACUUUCAGGCUCACAGCAAGAACUAGAUAUCAGUGAUGGUUUAUAUGUUGGUGGGACAGGAGGCUUGGAUAAGGUCUAUCUCUCCACUGACCUCACUGGUUUUCGUGGUUGCCUUGAUGAAGUGCUUUUUAAUCAACACAACCUCCUCUCAUCACUUAGGCCACAGUCUGGCUUGAAGAACGUUUACGAGGUUUCUCUUGGAUGCAGUCAGCAGUUCUUUGCUAAUGAAGAGGAGGCAAUCAGCUUUUUCAGUUCCAGGGCGUAUGUCAGCUUUCCUCUGUGGUCUGCACAGCAAGAGAGGACUCUUGAAUGCUCAGUAUAUACAUCUGCUCAAGAGGGAAUCAUUAUGUACAGUUCUGCUAGAGAAGGGGGCUUUGUUGCCAUGGAGAUUCACAAUGGCUUCCUUGUUGCUGUGAUGGGCAGAGACGAAACGAGAACGGAGCUCCGCUCUCUUACUGUCAUCAAUGACAAGAAGUGGCACAAUGUUAAGCUACACUUCACUUCUAAAAGCUUGCAGCUAACCAUCGAUGGAGACACUGUAAAGUCUAGUAUCAGGUCCAGAUCAAAAGCCUUGCAUUUGAAAGGUUUUCUUUUCCUUGGUGGCAUAGACGAUGGAACUCGCUCUGAAGUCAGAAAGGUGGGCCUCUCAUCAGUGGCAGGAAAGCGCAUUAAAGGUGGCUCCUUCAAAGGAUGCUUACGGGAUAUCAAAGUCAAUGGUAUUUUAACAGGCCUCCCAAAUUCUCUGGUAACAAAAGACAUCUCAGUUGGAUGCGAACCAGAAAUGGAACCUGAGAUGAGUGGGACUUUGAGCUCAACUACAGAGAGUCCGAUUUUUCGAUUUGUCACUCAGUUACCCUCUAUAGAUAUGUCCACCCUUGCAAAUGGCCUGGUUGCUGGGCAUGGACUAAAUUUCCUGCAACUCAAGAACCUCAUUGUCCCUGAAGGCGGUCGUGCAUCGUUGGAAUCGAAACACAUCAAAGUAAACCUGGAUUUCAGGAAGCUCGGCAUCCGGCAGUCUCAGAUCAUGUUUCGAAUAGAAGAGCAGCCAGUGCAUGGUCAGCUGAGGUUUGAUGUGGACCAGGAGCAGGAAGAAAAUACGUUCAGUAUGCUGGAUCUUUGGCAUGGCAGAGUGAUCUACAUUCACGGAGGUUCUGAAGAUCCACAUGACCACUUCAUGUUCUCUGUGUUCUCCAGUAGCAGAAAAGUGACACCCAGCUACCUUAAAGGAGAGAAGUUAUACAGAUUUAAUGUCACAGUAACACCAACCAAUGAUGCCCCCGAAUUGAGCCUCCCUCAGGGAAAUCUCUUUGUUCUACUUGAGAACUCUAGGAAAAGGUUAACCACAGAUGUGUUGAAAGCCGCAGAUGUAGACAGCAGUGUCACUGACUUGGUCUACUCUGUACUGGGAAAUCUUAAUGCUGAUGCUGGGUUUUUGGAAACUGAAGAUAACGCUGGUCAGGCAGUCACUUCGUUCGCUCAUUCAGCUCUGGAAGAAGGAAAAAUAAACUUCGUCCACACCGGAGUGAGGAACUCGAGGAUAGUGUUGAGGGUUAGUGAUGGAGAAAAGAUAAGCAACACGGUGGUGCUAAGAGUUAUGGCGGUUAAAAUGGAAUACAGCAUCGCAAACAACACUGGGGUGGAGGUCACUCAAGGAGAAAUGGCUCUAAUAAACACGACACAAUUAGCAAUUCAUACAAAUGCAGUAGGACAAGUGGUAGACAUUCGUUAUGAUGUUGUUGAGCCACCAAGGUUUGGAGAACUACAGAAGCUUCAUUCGAAUGGAGAAUGGAAGUUCACUAAUUCGUUUUCUCAGCGACUUUUGGAGAAAGAUCGUCUGCGAUACGUCAGCACUUUUAAGGAUAUUCAGUCUGCUGAUGUCACUGAACAUUUCAAAUGUAAAGUCACAAUCGCAGCAAAAGCAACAGAGGAACUGGUGUUUAAUAUAAAAACUAAAUGGGUUCAUUAUAUUGUGGAGAGAAAUGAAGUACUGGAAAUGGACAAAAUCAGAAGAGCUGCAAUCAACUCAGACCAUCUGUAUGCCACGGCAAAGGGUGUGGCUUUAGAUGAAGAUGAGAUUUAUUUCAAGCUUCUCUCUUUCACGAAGAAAGGGUUAAUUUUGCUGAACAAUGAAAAAUUAGGUACACGCUUGACAUUUAGCCAAAGGAACAUUUCUAACAUGGAAGUGGAGUAUCAACUAAUAGAUAGACCGUAUGAGAACACAAGUGACAGCUUUGAAUUUCAGGUGUUCAGCAUGCAUGCUCAUUCAAUUACUCAUGUAUUCAGAAUAAAUAUCAGAGCAGAUGUCAACAGCAUUUACAUGAAAAACAGCGGGCUUUCAGUUUUUGAAGGUGAGAGCAAACUUAUUACAAAAAACGAACUGUUUGCUGAGACUCUGAGUACUAAAGAAAUCUACUACACAGUUACCGAGAUGCCAAAAAAUGGCAAACUGGCACGAAUCAACCUGUCGAACUCAACCAAGGAUUACGAUAACCUGGUGUCUUUCACCAAUCAGGAUAUCAUAGAGGAGCGUCUCAUGUACGUCCAUGACGACAGCGAGACAACUUGCGAUCAGUUCAGAUUCAUCGCUUCGACAAGUCCGCUCGCAAAGAGCCUCGUCAACGAAGAUGAGCUCGGCUCCAAAGCCGGUGUCUUCAACAUCUCUAUACAGUUGGUGAAUGAUGAGAAGCCUAUUCGAGUUGUGGAUAAAGCGUUCCAUGUUGUUCAAAAUGGACAGAGGCUGUUGACGUCGGAAGAUUUAUGCUACCACGAUGCAGACUCCGACUUUAGAGACGGUCAGCUUGUUUACACUCGGCGCGGGAUCCCUAUAGGUGAUCUAGUGCUUGUUAAUGACACUUCUCACAAACUCUACCAGUUUCAACAAGAAGACCUGGAACAGAAGCGAGUGUUGUUUGUUCACCGUGGGAUCAACUCUGGCCGUUUCGUGCUUUUCGUAUCAGAUGGUAAGCACUACAUCUCCUCACUGCUGGACAUCAGCGCUCAGGAACCGUACCUAAAGUUCGACAACAACACAGGCCUGCUGGUCCAAAAAGGACAGGCCAGGACAUUCAGCAAUGCUAAUUUGAGUGUGGUUACAAACAUGGACGUCAGGGACGACAGUGAAAUCGUUUUUAAGAUUAGCGACGCUCCAAAACACGGUGCGUUAUUUUUAAAAGACAAGCAAAUUGACUCCUUUACCCAGCAUGCACUGAAGAAUGCUUCGCUCACGUAUCGACAUGAUGGCAGCAAGAAUUUCGCUGAUUUUUUUACUGUCAUCGCACAAGCAAAAGGGUUGCAUGCGGAAGCCAGGAUCAACGUCAAAGUGUACUUGGAAAGCCACCAAAAACCACCUGUUUUACUCAACCACAAAAUCUUAGCGGUAGAAGAGGGAAAGCCGGUGAAGGUUGAACGCGGUAAACUUGAGGUCACACACGAAGCAAAUUCGCCCAAUGAAAUCAUUUUCACCCUCAAAGUCGCUCCAGCUUCUGGAUAUCUGCGAAAGUUUGUUAACAGUAAAGAACAAUUUCAGGGAAUUGAACAGGACUCUUUAACGACCUUCUCACAAGAAGACAUCAACAACGGUAAUGUCCAGUAUGUCCAGAACAAACCCGACCAGGCGAACGACUCCUUCGUUUUGGAAGCCAGCAACGGGGUCGCAGAGCUGCCUGGCAUCUUAAUGUCUGUGGAUAUCAUUCCUUACUAUAUACCUAUCGAGGUUUCCAAUAUUACACUAAAAGAAGGAGCAUCUAAAGCGCUGACAGAAAAGAUCAUACGAGUCACCAGUCAGCAUUUCUCUGGGCUCCACUUUGUGUAUUAUGUUUCAGAGGGACCGAUGCAUGGACACAUCGAGAACUCUCGCUUCCCAGGGACACCUACAACAUAUUUUACCAGAAAACAGGUGGAGCAGGAGUUUAUCUACUAUGUACAUGACAACUCUGAGACACUACAGGACUACUUUACUAUUAUAGCCAAUGCCACGGAUCUACGAAAACACAGCACACCCUGGACAGUGCAUGUCCAAGUCACACCAGUAAAUGAUCAACCUCCAGUCAUCACUGCCAACAAAGUCCUCAGGGUUUGGGUCAGCUCCAUAACAGAAAUCACUCCUGAAGAUCUCAAUACAGUGGAUGAGGAUACAGCUCCAGAGCAGCUACAUUACCUCACCACUCAGCCCAGUAAUGGUCACCUGGCUCUGAAAAGUGCUCCCACUAGACCUGUGAUGAACUUCACUCAGGCUCACAUAGACCAGGGACAGCUACUGUUCGUGCACAGUGGGGCCAUGGCUGGAGGGUUUAACUUCCAGGUAAAUGACGGGAUGAACUUUGCUCCAAGGCAGAUAUUUAGUGUAACCGCUCGUACACUUGUUCUCAGUAUGGAAAGCAGUGGUCCACUAAAGGUGUUUCCAGGCACUUCAUCCUCCAUUUCAAAGGAGAUCCUCAAAGCAACAACCAAUGACGAUGAGGGCAAUUCAAACCGCACUAUUGUUUUCACCAUUGUAAAUCCCCCCAAAUUUGGAAAGCUGGUGACUGUGCAGGCAGACAAGUCUAAAACUGAUAUUUCUUCCUUUACACAAGAAAUGGUUGACGAGGGGAAGGUGUCAUAUGAACAAAAUGCAGAAUCUGUCGGAUGGGCAGCAUUAGAUAAGUUCACGUUUACUGUGUCAUCACCUCCUGCAAGCCUAUUGGCUCAGACCUUUGAUAUCGAUAUCUCGUAUGAAAAUGCAGGGCCUGAACGAACGUCUCUCCUUCUUAAAAACACAGGAGCUGUGGUAAUAGAGGGUGAAAAAGUCGUCGUUGACAAAAAGAUGCUAGAUGCGUCAAACCUCCUUACCAAACAUCCAGAGUCUCAUCGCAACUCUUAUGACGUCUGGUACCAGGUUAAAUCUCUACCUCAGCAUGGUGUCAUCACGGUUGGUGAACGGAAUCUUACAAAGGAAAAGCCCUACUUUUCUCAAUUCAUUCUGAACAAAUAUGGAAUAACCUACCAGCACGACAACUCCGAGACCGUGCACGACUGCUUCGUCUUUGAUGCCUUCCUCAACCUGAAGAGCAAACCUGCACAGCGCCCUGAGGAUGACCGUGAAGUAUUGGAGGAAACCUUCAACAUCACAGUCACUCCAGUGAAUGAUCAACCACCUUUCUUGAAAACCAAAGCUCCAAGCCUCAAAGUGAUUCAAGGAGACACUGUGGCUCUUGGACCCAGCAACUUAAAUGUGGAAGAUCUUGACAACUCCCCAGAUGAUAUCCAGUACUCUGUGAUCAGCAAACCUAGCAAUGGAUUCCUUUCUCUUGUAGGAAGUCUAAAUGUAUCCGUGGAUACCUUUACUCAAGCCCAGAUCAACAAUGGUGAACUAUUCUUUGUCCAAGAUGGCAGCCCAGCAUCUGGGGUGUUCUAUUUCAGUGUCACUGAUGGUCAUCACCGGCCAGUCUACAAACUUUUUAACCUUGAAGUGUUGAAGAUUGCCAUUUCAAUUGUCAAUCAAGCAGAGCUGGUAUUGGAACAAGGGCAAACAACAGUGGUGCUUAACCAGUCACACCUGGCUGCAGUGACUAAUGGAAAAAACAUGACUGUCCAAUAUAAAAUAACUGCAUUGCCAAAGUAUGGCAAACUUCUCUUGGACAAUGAAGAAGUUACUAUUUUUAAUCAUGAUGAUUUGAAGUUUCAUAGAUUAAGUUACCACAUGGUCAAUCUUGCGUCUUCUAGUGAUAACUUUGAGUUCACUGCUUUCACGUCAGAGGCAAACCUUACUGACCAAACGGUUAAUAUCACAGUUAAGCCUUUAAUUAGGUAUGCUGAAGGUAUAAAGUUCUCAAAUGAAAUUCGUUCUAAGCUCAAGGCAGACUUUCUCAAUGUCUCUGAGCUUUCCCUGAUAAGUGGUAGUGACCCAUUCUUUGAAAUCCUGUCCCCACCAAUGUAUGGCAAGAUUUUAAAGACUGGUAAGGGGAUGAAAUCAGAACCUACAAAGACAUUUUUCUUUAGUGAAUUACAGCAAGAAAAACUUGCCAUUGAACUAAAGGCCAACCUGUCUGAAGUUCAAGAGGUGAAGGACUCGAUAAAAUUUGUCCUGAAAGCUGGGAACCUCCAACCUGCAAAUGGGGAGUUUGUCUUUAGCAUUGUAUCACAUGAACCUGCUAUUACAACUACGGCUAUCUCACUGUAUACAAGCAGUAUGGCUGCUUCACCCAGCCAAACCACAACUAUGAGCUCUUCUCUCACCUCUAAAUCGCAAUCAGUUCAUGCUACAGUGCUGGUCACCAGGCCUGGGCCAAAGUUCAAGGGCCGUAAUCGGUGGGGUAACUCAAACCGCACUGACUCACAUGCCACUACUAUGUUUAAACCGUCUCAUGGUCAGGAAAUUGUUUCAGUUAAGAAUCAACCAGUCAGGGUUGAAUCAGUGUCCCAGAGCAGCUCCUCUACCAACCCCAUGCUCAUCGUUUUCCCAUUGCUCGCAUUUUUACUAGUGGUUAUUGCGGUCAUAUUGGUGUUAAUACUGAGAAAAAGGAAAAAGAAAAAACCUUUUAAUGGUGCCUCUCCUUCUAAAGCCUCUCUUGACAGGGGGCACCUUCAAGGUCAACCAGAGAAGACUGCAAUGGUUCCUUUAGUGACUGUAACUCCUCUCAGCCAAAGCAACCCUGGUAGUCCUGCUCUGAUGAGACUCCAGACAGGUUACCCAGCGUAUGGCCAAUCCAUGGCUCCGUGUUCUCUUGAUGAAGUUGAUCUCGAAUUCACUCAGUUCUGCAGGACCACAAACCCCACGCUGCAGCACAAUCAGUACUGGGUGUGAGCUACAAUCUUGUGAAAGCAUCACAGUAUUUUAGUUGAAACUAUUUUUCACUGUUAUUAGGUGACUGAAUCUUUUAGUCCUUUUAGAUCGCAAGAUUGUUAAAUUUACGACAACAAGGUGUUCAACAAAACAAACAGCCAAAUUACUUUUUUUUCUAACCAAGGUUUUGAUUAUUUAGACUUUUUUAGUCCCCAUUUUUUUACCUGGCAAAAGUUUAUUGGGGUUUACCUGCUUCCUUACCCAUUUUUCUGAUGCUAGAUUUAAAAACUCUGGUUCAUUUGCACUCAGUUUGAAUCUACUUUUAAGGAAACCGUUAAAGAAGCCAGACUGAACAGGAGGAAACCAAGAUGAAUCACAUUGACAGACAAGAAGUUUCAAAAUGAGAAGUUUAUAUACAUAUAAAUAUAAGUGUAUAAACAAUACACUGUUUUAUAAAAAAAAACAAAUUGUGUAUUAUAUACACUUAUAUAUUUUUUAACUUUGUUAAAAGCCGGUCAAUGGCAUUGAGGAACCCUAGCGAAAGGAAAUGUUGUAAACUAAACCGGACUAACUUCUGCUUUAUGCUAUGCAAGCAGACCACCAAACUAAAAAAAGACCAAGUAUAAGACAAGACGGGGAGGUGGUGACUGUCAUGAAGUGCAAAAGGAAGAGAAGUUUUAAAAGGUUUUAAAGUUAACAAGAGUGAACUUGUAGGAGUUGUGAUCUAUUUCAUCGUACAAUGUUCCAUUGUUUGAUAUUAAUUUACAUUUCCAUGAUGACUACUGGAUAUUCUAGUAUGUAAUACAUAUGGCCAUUGCUGUUCUUGUAAAACACUAUUGUAUCUUUAAGCACAAAUCGUCUGGUCUACUCAUAUACGCUGAGUCUUCCAGAGAAUUACGUUUUGGAACUAGAAUGCGGUAAACCUCACAAAAGUUUCAGUUUCACUAAGUCUUUGAUCUAAAAAAGCAUUGUCAUUGUAUUUUAAAAAACAAGCCAGUGAGAUUUUAGCAAUCUGAUAGUCUGGUAAUUAUGGAUAGUGCAUUGUAAACUUAAAUUUUCUCGGUUCAUCCCAUAAAGAUAUACCAAACUUUAUACCAAGACUCAGUAAGAGUGCUGUAAAGAUCUACAGCAAACCCUGAGGAAAGACUCUGACACUUUGUUACUAAACUAAUAGGGAUUUUAAAUGAUGCCGUUGUCUUUCUUUCCCAUCAGCAGGACUGGCUGUAGAUCAGUGUGUCCCUGCUUUUGUCUACCUCAGAUAUCUAGGCGUGAACUGGGCAGCCAGAAACACUGACAGAUUGUGUUAUAGAACUAAACACUAAUCUAGUCUACACUUUAGAACACUAGUCUAAUUUAAGGUACUAUGUGAUAUCAUCCUGCUGAUCUUUUACAGCAUAUAAAUAUUUAUUUCUAUAUUUAACAUUUGUAUUUAAAUUGUGGUAUAUAACGUUUAUGAUUACUCGUAUUAUAUUAAGUAUAAUAAUUGCUUUUUUUUAUUGUAUCUCAGGUAUUGGGAGAUUUCAUUAAACACUGAAGCCGCAUGUCAUGAGCACAUGAUAUAUAACUGUAUAAUACAGUAGCACUGACCCUGUAAUCAUUCUUUUCUUUUUUAUUUGAACAUGUUGAGCUACUGAAAGCAUUUGCAGUGUGUCACUUUACUGAUGGUGGUUUGUACGCUGGUUUGCAGCAUUUCCUCUCAGUCAUGGUUAUUCCACUGCAAAAAAAAAACAAAAAAACGCUUUUGUCUGUCACUGGAUGUGAAAUUCUUUGUUCACUGUAUUAUGUAUUUUGUUAAUAAAUAGUGCAUGUAUCGCACCUAAAA